UUCUUUGAUCAUCUCAUCUCAUCUUCACCACUCUUUUUUGCUUCAAUUCUUCUUCUUCUUCUCUAACACCUACAAGCAGCUUUAUCAAAGAAGGUAUGUUUUCUCCUUUUGAGCCCAACACACAGACACAUCACAAAGUAUGAAGGAUGAGGAAGCACUCAAGGAAGGUCAGAGUUACAGAGAAAAUUAUAUCUCAAAUUAUGGGAGUGAAAAGGGGAUCAUGGAAGAAGAUGAUUGGCAGAUGGUGCAAAAGAAAGGAAACCAAUUUGUGGUGAACGACCAACCUUUUUAUAUUAAUGGAUUCAACACAUACUGGCUGAUGGUAUUUGCUGCAGAUGAGUCCACCAGAGGAAAGGUCACUGAGGUGUUCAAACAAGCAUCCUCAGUAGGUAUGACAGUUUGUAGGACUUGGGCCUUCAAUGAUGGCCAAUGGAGGGCCCUACAGAAAUCCCCAUCAGUUUAUGAUGAAGAAAUCUUCAAGGCCCUGGACUUUGUUGUAAGUGAAGCAAAGAAAUACAAAAUCAGGCUCAUAUUAUCAUUGUCCAACAACUGGGAGGCAUAUGGUGGCAAAGCACAAUAUGUCAAAUGGGGCCUAGCUGCUGGCCUAAAUUUAACUUCAGAUGAUGACUUCUUCUCACAUCCAACUCUUAGAAGCUACUACAAGGCCCAUGUUAAGACAGUGCUCAAUAGAGUUAAUACAUUCACAAAUAUCACUUAUAAAGAAGAUCCAGCAAUUUUCGCUUGGGAAUUGAUGAAUGAGCCUCGAUGCACCUCAGAUCCCACAGGUGAUAAGUUACAGGAUUGGAUACAAGAAAUGGCAUUCCAUGUGAAGAAAAUUGAUCCAAAACACCUAGUGGAGGUUGGACUAGAAGGAUUUUAUGGCCUCUCAACACCUCAGAGAGUUCAAUUCAAUCCAAAUACAUAUGCUCAACAGGUUGGAACAGAUUUUAUCAGGAACCACCAGGUUCUUGGUGUGGACUUUGCAUCUGUUCACAUAUAUGCUGACUCUUGGAUUUCACAACAAAUUGCUGAUACUCAUCUCCCAUUUAUAAAAUCAUGGAUGGAAGCCCACAUAGAGGAUGCUGAAAAGAUUCUUGGAAUGCCAGUUGUUUUUGCUGAGUUUGGUGUAUCUUCUAAAGAUCCAGGCUACAAUUCAACAUAUAGAGACACACUUAUAAGCAGUGUGUACAAUACCAUCCUAAACUCUACAACGAAAGGAGGUAGUGGAGCUGGAAGCCUUUUGUGGCAGGUGUUUCCUGAAGGAACAGAUAACAUGGAUGAUGGGUAUGCAAUUGUUCUCUCAAAAUCUCCUUCAACCUCAAGUAUGGUAUCCCUUCAAUCCAAAAGGCUUACCUUAUUCAACUCCUUGUGUUCAUCGAAAUGCCAGUGGAGUUGUAAGAAGAAAAAAGUAUUGGAGAAAACUCUCUAUCAUGACGAACUCUAAUACCAUAUAUGUUGAAAGUUUCCAAUCGUAAAGCAAUGGCCAUAUAAAACCAUAUA